UAUUUUAUUUUAUUUUGACAUUGGAUGGUGUUCUUUAUUAAUUUACUGUCAUCACAACAAUUUGCAAAAACAAUGUCGGAACACCAAAGAAAACAGAGGAGGGAAUUUGUACGCAAAUGGUUCAGAUGGACUUUGUUUUUUCAGUUUAAAUAUUAAUUUAACUCAGUAUGAAUGAAGUGCUGGUGACAGUCUAUUAGGUUCAAGGGAAUCAUCUCGCAGGUGUCACUUGGAGACACUUCCCAAUUUGAACAUGAUCCACUUCGGACAGAUACUGUCGGCGGUAGGGGAGUUCGGCACUUUUCAGAAACGCUUGCUAGUGGCGAUAUGUAUCCCCAACAUCUUCACCGCUUUCCACAUGUUUGGACAGGUUUUCACUGGGCUCAACUUUCCCCACAACUGCAAUACCGAGUGGAUCCUGGAGAAGGGACCCAAUUUAACCUACGAUGAAAAAUUCAACUUGACAAUCCCUGCAAACGAUGCUGGAGAGUAUGAGAGUUGUAAAAUGUUCACACCUGUUCAGCUUGAUCUAGACGCCAUUCAAAAGUAUGGACUUAAUGAUACAACAAACUGUGUGGAUGGCUGGGAUUACAAAGCACCCAAGGGGUCUAGCUCACUGAUAACGGAGUUCAACCUAGUGUGUGAGAAUAAAGUUUUGAAUGAGGCGUCCCAGUCCAUCUACAUGGCCGGUCUCCUGAUUGGAGCAUUGCUGUUUGGCCCAAUGGCAGAUAAGUAUGGGCGGCGCUUUGUCAUAAUGCUGUCUCUCACCCUGCAGCUGUUGUUUGGCGUAGCUGCUGCCUUCUCACCCAACAUCUACGUCUACAUAGCGCUCCGUUUCGUGGUCGGCAUGACGAUCUCAGGGAUCGCUAUAAACACUUUUGUUUUAGGUGCUGAGUGGUGUGCAUCUUCCAAACGUGCUCUCUUUACCAUCCUCUCGCACUCUUUCUAUGCCGUCGGCCUCAUGGUGAUGUCGGGCAUAGCUUAUGGCAUUCGCAACUGGAGGACCCUACAGCUGGUCCUUGCUUCUCCUGUCCUGAUCCUCGGGAUUUAUUUUUGGAUUCUUCCUGAGUCAGCCCGCUGGCUUCUCACCCAAGGCAGGAAGGAGCAGGUCAAGAAAGAGAUCCUCAGAGCUGCUAGUAUCAAUGGGAGGAAAGUUCCGGAAUCUCUGCUGGACAAGCUGGAGGCUGAAACCAAGGCUAAAACCGGAAACAUGUUGGACCUCUUCAGAGUGCCCCACCUGAGGAAACGGGCUCUUAUCAUGUGCUAUAUCUGGUUUGUCACCAGCCUGGUUUACUAUGGCGUCAGUCUGAACGUGGGUAAUUUUGGCCUCGACAUCUACCUCACUCAGUUUAUCUUCGGCUUAGCAGAGCUCCCUGCCCGUCUGGGAUGUUUUCCCCUAAUUGAACGAUUUGGGAGAAAAGUUUGCCAAAGUGUUGCUUUGUUCUUCGGUGGGACUGCAUGUCUUGUUAUUCUUCUCAUUCCAAAAGAGUUUCCUGUUGUCGUCACGGUGAUUGCAGUGGUGGGGAAGUUCUCCCUCGCCGCCUCGUUCACCAUUGUUUACGUGUAUACAGCCGAACUCUAUCCCACAGUGGUCAGGCAGAAUGGUGUGGGCCUGAACUCCAUGUGUGCCCGUGUGGCUGGUAUUCUAGCCCCUCUGAUUGGUCUUCUGGCCGUGUACCAUCCUGCCAUUCCCAUGGUGAUCUACGGAGUCUCCCCGUUCGCAGGCGGAGCGCUGUGCUUCCUUCUGCCCGAGACUCUAAACACAGAGCUCGAAGAUCACACAGACCCGCUCAUGGACCAGGACACGAAAGCGGAGAAUGGGAUCAUUAUUAAACCAGAGGAAAACGGGCUUCCGCUCCAUAGUACUAAAUUAUGAGAUGCAUGUUUUCCAGGUUUAAAUAACUUUCAUGAAACAUUACAAAGACAGUAUAGCUUCUUAACUUUAUGUUUUUAAAAAUAUGAAUAACUAGUAUAAAGAAAUUAUUUUUGCCUCUCAAGAUUUAUGUGGCAGCUCCUACCAAAAUGUGUAGCUGUUUAUGAAAUAUAGUAAGAUCAUUUUGAUUCAGUUUCAUUGUUCAUUGUUUUAGUGGUCAAGGGCUACAAUGAAUAGGGUAUUUUAUUGUACUGUGAUAUGUUUUUGUAUUGUGUCCUCCGGCUGACUUUUUUACAGUGGUGGCUGAAGUAAUGUUGUCUAUUAAAACAACUUCACGAUGCAUAAUGCAAAA